CGUUAAUGAAGGCAGCCCUCGUCACUCUGGUGGCUCUGUCACCAUAGCAACGUUUACCAAACAGACCGCUGCGACCGACACAGACCUGCUGGCUAACUACUUUUUUUUAUCACUACAGUAUUUAGCUAGCUAACAGUUUUUGUGAGUAAGUUUUACACAACAUAUUCCUAAUAUGGAAGAAGCUGAUGAUGUUCCAGAAGAAGCGUCUGAACCCUCGGUGUUGUCCGAAAAUCAAGAGGCUAAAAACGGGGUCUCCACCCCGGAGGUUGAAGAAGGCCCCAGUAUGGAGGUCCAUGAGGAGUUCAAUCAGGAGCCCUCGGAGAGCCAGCCUCAAGAGAAGGUGGUAGAGACAAGUGAAAUGCUAAUCUCUCCUCAGAGGUUGAUCAACCUGCAGAGAGAUUUAUCAACAAUAGUGACCAACCUCCAAACUGCAGUUGACGCCAAAGAGUCGAUGCGAAGGACAGAGCUGGAGAAGGAUCGAAGAGAUAGAUUGCAGCGGCUGGAGAAUGAUGUAGAAUCCAGCCAGAAAAUAUUUGAGGAGAUCACCGGAGGGUGGUCAAUAGCUGAGCAGAAGGUGACUCCUCAGGAGCUCCAGGAGGCCCUAAACAACCAGCAGCAGUUAUGUGCUGCUCUUAUAGAAAACAAGAAAAAACUCAUAAAUGACCUGCAACAGGAGCUGAAAGUUGGAGAUGAUCUCUAUGUUAAGGACUUGAGGAAGCAGGAAGAGGUGCUCAACCUGAUGAUGGAGAGAAUGGAGGAACAGAUGAAAACACUGAUAAAUGCCUACAGGGAGGAGCUGGCCCAGAUUGGGAAAGUUUAUCAUCAGGAAAGUGAAGUCUUACUCACAAGAGACAAGACUGAAUGGGAACAACACAUAAAGGAACUUUGGGAAAAAGAGCUGGAGAGGCUGACACAGAGGUGGAAGAAAGUGGAGCAGUAUGAAGCGAUAAUUCACAAUCUGAUGUUGGAGACUACUGUCAAAUACAGUCUUCUCCAGACAGAACAGAAUGCAAAGUUUCAGGAUCUGGAUAGAAAGCAUCAACAGAUAAAGGUCACCAUGAUGAUCACAAAGCUAAAACAAAUAAAGCAAAAGGAUGAGUUAGCAAUAAGCAACUACAGCCUGGCCCAAAUAAAAAACAGGGCCAUCAGUCUACAAACGGAGAUGAAAAACCUAAUUGAUAAGAAUUACAGUCAGAAGAAAUGGUUUACAAAGAAAAGCCAGUAUUUGGCCGUGGACUGCAAACGCAAAAUCCAGCAAAAUGAAUGCAUAAAGAAGAAAAUAAAGCACUUUGCAGUCGCUGAUGCCAGAAAAUUUGAGGAGAUGUGGCUAAUGAUUGAAGCAGAGGUGAAGCAACUAGUUGAGAAGGUUUUGGUCAUUGAUUCACUGAUCUGCAAGCAGUACCUUGGUUUAGCCUGGGAGCGACCUCAUAUGGAGUUCAUGGAGCUCUCUGGUCCCAUCCAGCCUCAGAAACAGGCCUCCCAGCUGUUUCACACCGGGCAGGCUUUACAGUGUAGUCAGAGGAUGAUGGACCUCUCAGUUGGGUCGAGGCUGGAGACUGACACUGAGAGCCUAAACAUGGAAAUGUACAAGGAAAAGACGGCAGUGCAGAGUGCACCAGAAAUGGUGGAAGGGAAGCUGUUGAUUGAGACACAGAAGAAAGUGCUGGAGCUGCUGUGUGAUGAGGCGGGCUUCCUGAUAAAGGAUAAACUCCUGAACCUGCUGGCUCCCCUGGAGAAGAAAGAACAGACCAUUGUAAAACUGGGCUCUCUCCUUUGUACUUUUGGCAUUGAAGAGGAGGAUGUGCCCAAUUUGGUUUAUUUCUUAUUAAAGUACACACAUCAGCAGAGAGAGCAGACCGAGGGUGUUUGUGAUGAGUUGGAUGAAACAAGUAAGAAGGCAGAGGAAGUGAAGACCAAGUCUACGAUUCAUCUGGCCUCUGAUCUCGUUGAUCCUAACCACGUUGUACCUGCUCUGAAAAGCUUCCUCCUGCAGCACGUGAGUUCCAGUUUUCAUGGAGAAUUCCGGGAUACUUCAGAGGAUGAAGCCUACUGGGAGAGUAUGUACAUUAUAAUCUCUGAGGACAAACUGAAAUUCUGGGAUGCGGUGGAGAACACAUUUAAGCAGUACCAUUCGGUCCUGACAGAUGUCUCUGAACUCAUCCCUGAAACUCAGAGUCUGAAGCAGCAGAACACAGAGCUGCGGAUGUUGCUACAACAGUCUCUUAACUCAAGGGUCAGCACAGAGCUGGAGAUGCUGUUAUCCAAACUCAAUUUGGAAUCAGCAGAACUGGGCCAGUGUGUGGAAUCAUCCUUAAUGUAUUUUCACUAACAUAAAGCCUCUAUUAAAUCAU